AGGAAACAAUAAAGGCCAAAACAUCAGGGGCGGAUGAUGAAGUUUCCCGUAAUAGAGUAGGCGAUAAAACUACGUUGGUUUCCGCUAUUUCUACUCUUUCGUUGCGUUUUUCUCUCUAGAAUUUGGAAUUCUAGAUACGAAUUCAACCGGUGGACAAGUUCGUUCGCUGAAAAUGGCUGUCUUUGGAUCCAACAUGUCCGGCGAGGUUGGGUUGCGAUUGCUUCUUUGUCCCCUUGGAUCUAAUGUUGUUAUUCGCACAGCAUGCUGUUCAGUUGGGAUUGUCUUACCUGUUUAUUCUACAUUCAAGGCCAUUGAGGCAAAGGAUCAAGAUGAGCAACAUAAAUGGCUCUUAUAUUGGGCUGCUUAUGGAUCCUUUGCUGUUGCAGAGCUGGUCACUGAUAAGUUUCUCUACUGGUUUCCUCUCUACUAUCAUAUGAAGUUUGCAUUUCUCGUUUGGCUUCAACUGCCAUCUAUUGAUGGAGCAAGGCAAUUGUAUAUGAAUCACCUGCGUCCCUUCCUCCGAAGGCAUCAGUCCAGACUUGAUCAAGUGGUGGGUUUCUUCUACAGUGAAAUGGCGAAAUUUGCAAGUAACCAUGAAGCAGACUUUCAGAUUGCCAGGGUGCUCCUUACAAAGAUUUUACUGUCAGCUAAUCAUGCAGUUCAAGAUAUCAUUCGACCUGGGCAAAGGCAAGUGAAUGGUUCCGCAAUUGAAGGUCCUCCGCAACAGGUGGAAACUUCGGAAUCAGAAGAUGAAGAAUGACGCAUUUUAUGACUUGAAGAUUCAUAUAACUUGUUCAGCAUAGAACAUAUGAUGUAUGUAGAAGAUGACAUAACACUGUUUAUGUCCACGACAGUUCAGAAAUACUUAGCAUAUGUUUUUCUUGUAAAUAUUUUCAAGUAGAGGAUUGAGAGGUAAAAACCUACUUUUUUAGUCUUUCCAUAUGGCAGGAGACCACGAGACCACUUCGAAAGGUGUUUGUUUCUGGAAAUUCUGCUUUGUUUACUUAACUGAAUCAGGCUUAUGGUGGUUGUAUAUAUUUACUGUUUAUUAGGGUACAUGUGAUUUGCAUGAGUAAGGGCUUAAAAGAUGUUCA